AUGACGUACCAAAGACUCACCAUCCUGAAGAUUUCGCCCAACUGAUAAAACUUUUAGAAUUUUUAUCAGAUCCUAUUGUCUAUCCUCCCAAGGGCAAAAUGCAAGACAAUAUUUCCUUUGAAGUCUUUGUUAAUAUUUGCGACCAUUUACCGCCUCAAGAUUUGCUUAUGUUGUCCUGUGUGUGCAAAAAUUUUGCCACAAUGCUUAAUGCAGAUAUAUUUGCCAUUUCUUCAGAUAUUUGGAAAUCAUCUCGUGAACAUUUUACUGUGUUCAAGGAUAUGGAUCCGCCUAAAGGAAUGUCUCAAAAACGAUUUGUUCAAUUGCUUGAUUUUGGAAAAGGUUGUGAGUUCUGUAAAAGUAUAGAGAAGAAAGUUCAAAUAUAUUGGCCUGCAUUCGUAAGGUCUUGUAAGGACUGUAUUUUUAAAAAAGCGAAAAGUGCUCUACAAUUGGAGUACGAAUAUCAUAUUGAUAAGAGUAUUAUUGAUGGCAUUCCACCUCUUGUACCAUGUCCGGAUGAUGGUGGAAAGACACAAUAUUAUUGGUUGCCUCAUGCAAUUUCUACACAAAAAGAUCUACAAACUAAAUCGGAAUCAGUAGAAUUAAACAAAGAAAAUAUCGAACGUCAUCUUUUGUUAUCACGUUAUUGGGAUGAACAAGUUACACUUCAGCAGAACAAAGUUCAUGCAAUUGUUCGAGAAUUCUACGAGAAAAAAGCGUUAAAUACAUCAGACAUGAGCAAUCCAAUAAUUAAAAAUCUUAUGAGUAAAAUUACGAUCAAUCCAUUUGUUGAGCAAGAUUUUGACUUAUUCAUUGAAGAGAUUAAAGCUGUUGUGAAAAGAGAUGAUAUUUCGACCAAUCAUACCGAUAUUCCUUCCAAAGAUGUUAAACCUAAUAGACCGCAAAAGAGAAAUUCGGUGAGGACGCAUCCUGCUGAUUAUGAACCUCCAAAAAAAGAAAAGGAGGCUUCAGUGCCUUUUUCAAAAUAUCCAUUCGAUUAUGGAACUCCACCAAUAAGACCGAUGCCACCUAUAAUUCCAAAUGGACAAUUUAUGGACACAUCAGGUCCUCAAAUGAAACCAAUUAAUCCAAUGCCAGGUUCCCAAAUGAAUUCAAUUAGGCCAAAUCCCCAAAUUAACUCGGUCAAUGCACCACCACCAAUGACAAGUUUUCAAAUGAAUCCAAUGGCAAAUCUCCAAAUGAAUCAGAUUAAUCAUCAUAUGCCACACAUACCACAUAUACCACCUGUGCCACCGCAAAAUCGAAAUAGUCAAUUGAUUAUUAAACGAAGGCAAGAUAUCGUAAAACUUCUCAAACAUUUAGUGUCUGCUGGAACAUCAAAGACAAAGACCAAUGUUCCUUUUACUCUUAACAUCAAAGAUCCAAUUUUUCGGUUUCUUGAUUGGUGUGAAUCAUUCAAGAAUCCACCAUUUUUUCAGCUUGAAGACAAUAAUAAGUAUGACAUUAUCCUAAAAAUCAAACAAGAAGCUCGUACGUUAAAUGAUACACACAGAAGUAUAGAACCUCGUCAUAUUCUUGAUGUUCGGGGUGCCGUAGAUCGGCAACUCGGUAAUCACCCAUUAUUCAGGUGUAUUUUGUGCCCAUCUAAUGCUGGAGAAGGAGGGGUUGUAAAGGUUUACAGGAAAAUAGUAACACAUCUUGCGACAAUGCAUGGCAAGGACAACUCGAAACUAGCGAGUUAUAUAGAAGUAGAUCCUAAAUCGGUAGUCAACUACAUUCAUUUCGCAUUUAUACCUGAAAUUCGUCCGAAGAUCAAUAUUAAAGCUUUGAGCUAA